UCUAGGUGCCCUCUGUUAGGAACUCCACUCAGCCUGUGUUUUUGGGGUUGGGGUUUGUGUACAGGGAAUGGGCGUGGAGCUUUCCUCAUCCACCUGCGGAGGAGUGGGACCUCAGACUGCGAAUCAAUAGCGCGGCAGCACCACCCCCCUGCAUUAAACUCAAACAUAGUCUUAGGAGGAUUCCCAAGUCUGCUCACCUACUGUAAGAACGAGGAAACGAGACUUGGGCUUCUUACAGCAAUACAUAGGCUGGACUGGGGCCCUGCCCUGUGGGAAGUGGGAUUGUGAGUGUGCCUUCAAGAGCCAGCCGGGCUGCUGCUGUGUGGCCAAUGAGAUGAGUAUGCUGGAGGACCACACCUUCACGCGCAUGGUGGACAAAUGGGAGCAGCUCACCUGAUUGGACAACGACAUCGAGGAAGUCACAGGCAACAAUAAGAUUACGUUUACCGUGGCGAUGACUCCUAGAUGCGACUGCUUCGGGCCCUUCACCAGCAACGUGCCAAUCCGCUACUACUUCAUCUCUCUCAACCAGGGCAACGGAUACAAUGACGCUCUGGUUACCUUCACCGCCCCCCACUCCUUCUCCAACGUGGGCGUGGACUGCGAGCGUCUCUACCACAAGGUGCAGCUGAUGAAGAACAACGAAGUGGUGGCCUCUGUGUGGGAGGACAACCGGGAGGACACGGAGGACAGCGGCACCCAGUCGGUGCUGGUGUCUCGGCGCCAGGGCGACAAGGUGUACGUGGAGCUGCUCUCUGGCAGAAGUCUGUGUGGCAACACCAAGGAGUUCAACAAGUUCAGUGGAUACCUGGUCUACCCCUUCACACAGGAGUAGAGGGGAGAGUCAUACACACAUGAACACACACGUACAGUACAUGCAUGAAUACACACACACACACACAUAAAUUCAUACAUGCAUGUGCAAAGACAUACGGAUAUGGCACGCACAAACACAUAAACACGCACACAUACAUGCAGACACAUACACAUUCUUUGUAACAGAUCAACUCACUGGCAUACUGAGCAUGACAAUACAAAUGUGAUGAAAUUAUGGAGGCAGAUAUUCAAACAUUGAUCGACAUCUAAACUCAAAUGGAAUUCUACAAAGAGCCAGAGCCUCAAAUAAAUCAUGCAAUUACAAUGUUCCAAGUGUGUCUAUUGUGUGUGUGUGUGUGUGUGUGUGUGUGUGUGUGUGUGUGUGUGUGUGUGUGUGUGUGUGUACCAUUGUAACCAAUAAUAUUCCAUGUACAGUGAAAUUCAGACAGUCUUCCUUUGAAAUAGUAUUGCUUUGAACAAAAUAAAAGCUGGUUUGUUACAUGAAGCAGGACACAUCGUGUUCUGUUUAUUGUUUUUUUAAA